AUGGCGUGGGGAACAAUGAGCCGAUGUGACGGCGGCGGCGGCGGCGGAUCCGUCGCUCUGGAGCGGCCGCUGCGGCUUUGGUCCCUGCUAAUCGAAAGCGUCCGGUGCGGCGGAGGCGCCCAGCGGCCCAAUAGGAGGAACCCGAAGCCCGGAUCCGAUAAGCUGUCGGAGCUCCUCAAGCGGGCCGAAUGGUGGGAGAAUGAGGAAUCGGAGGCGGAGCUGAGGCGGAGGAGGAAGGAGGAGGCGCUGGAAAGGCUGAAAGGGGUGGCCAGGAAGCUUCAGGAGGCGGCGGAGGGGCCGUCGGUGGUGGAGGGCGCGGCGGAGGUGCGGCGGUUGACCAAGGACGACCCGGAGGCCCGCGCCACACUCGCCCUGCUCGGCGUGAUCCCUCCCCUGGUUGCCCUCCUCGACGCCCAAGAUCCCACCUUUCGCACUCAGAUCGCCGCCCUUUAUGCUCUGCUCAACCUCGCCAUAGCCAACGACGGAAAUAAAGCGGCCAUCGUGAAAUCCGGCGCCGUCCACAAAAUCCUGAAGCUCAUCCAAACCCCUCCCCACAAUCCGGAGGUUGCCGAGGCCGCCGUGGCCAACUUCCUCGGCCUCAGCGCCCUCGACUCCAACAAACCCAUCAUUGGCUCCUCGGGCGCCAUUCCGUUUCUUGUAAACACCCUCAAAGACUCCCCCAACCCUCAGGCGAAGCAGGAUGCCCUCAGAGCCUUCUGCAACCUCUCCAUCUCUCCCACCAACACGCGACCCAUCCUCGACACCGACCUCAUCCCGCACCUCCUCUCCGAGCUCGGGUGCGGCGGCUCAGCCACGAGCAACCGAAUCCUCUCGAUCCUGGCAAAUAUAGUCUCGGUGGCCGACGGUAGGAGGAGAAUUGCGUCCGUCCCGGACACAUUCCCCUUACUUGUGGAUGUCUUGGGCUGGACGGACUCACCCGAGUGUCAAGAAAAGGCAUCGUACAUUCUAAUGGUGAUGGCCCAUAAAUCUUACGCGGAUCGGCAGGCCAUAAUCGAGGCUGGGGCCGUCUCGGCCCUGCUCGAGCUCACUCUCUUGGGCAGCGUGCUGGCGCAGAAGAGGGCUUCGAGGAUGCUGGAGCUGCUGAGGGUCGACAAGGGCAAGCAGAUUGUUGUCGGGGGAGGAGGAGGGAAUGUGUCGGCCCCGCUGAUGUCAUCACCUUCACCGUCAACUUUUGACCGAGCGGAGGAGGAGGAGGAGGAGGAAGAGGAGGAGACGAUGAGCCACGAGAAGAGGGCGGUGAGGCAGCUGGUGCAGCAGAGCCUGCACACCAACAUGAAGAGGAUGGUGGAGAGGGCGAAUUUGCCGCACGAUUUUGUGCCCUCCGAGCACCUCAAGGCCCUCACGUCUGGCUCCUCCACGUCCAAGAGCUUGCCGUUUUAG